UGUGUGUGUGUGUUGGCCUAUAUCAUGGCAUUGUGGGACGUUACUUAGAAAUGGUUACAGAUUACACGUUACCCUAUUUAAAUAUUAAUAUGAUGAUAAUUUAAUUUUAAAGCACAGCCGGCAUCAGACUUCAGCAGCUCUUUUUACUUCGAGAUCCUUUUGAGGUUAAAUACACAUUUAAAUUCAGUUUAAUAGUUAUGAUAGUGUUUUUCAAAUCUUUGCACAGCUGUGACAGGAAGCACUGGCAUCUUUGAAAAAAAAAUGCAGGCUAUGUAUACAUACAUACACACAAAUAUUUAUCCAAAAUAUCCUAAAAUAGAUCUCUAUGAGCAGCGUUCUGGAGUUAUUUAAGGUGAAAGUGUGUGUGUGUGUGCGUGUGUGUGUGUGUGCGUGCGUGUGUGAGUCAUUGCUGUGAUUGAUGUGUGUGUGCGGGGCUGAGCUCAGUCGUGAGUGACGUCACGGCCGUGUCCCGCAUACUAAUGAUGCGCAGCACAGACUCGAGCAGCUCCAGGUUCAGUUUAAGAUGCUUCUCUUCUGUUAUUUGUAAAGCAGUGAAACUCAGGAACAGAGCCUGAAAGAAGCGUCUCGUGUGUUCAGUGCUGGUCUUUAUUGAGCAGCAGUAGUCUUUCUGUGGUUCUGAUCUGUCUGACCCGUGUCCUCCAUCACCAGCUGUCUCUGCUCUGUUCAGUCUGAAUGUGUUUUUGGGAGAUGCAGCUUUCCUGCAGCAGUUUUUAUAGACACUGAACGCUGAGGACCUUUAUGUUCAUGAGUGAAUGCAUCGCUAUUGAUGAAGCACACAAUGCAAACAUCAUCAUUUGUGUCUGAAUACAGAAGUUCUCCACCAGCAGGAUGAGCAAGCGCUAUUUCUACAUCUGUUUUCCAGAAUAAGCCAAUAAUUCAUCAUGCAAUGCACUAGUUUCUUCAUGAGAUGCAUGUGAAGCCAUCGUCCAUCAUGAGGUCAACAGCAGAACUCACACUCGCUCAUAGACACUCAUCAGACCUGUGUCCAGCUGUGCAUCUACACAACACUCAUUAAAGCCUGAGCUGACUUUAUACUGUUUUUACAUGCUGUAGUGAUGCAUAAUCCCCAUUCAACACAAAAUGAAGCAAUUAAUUGCACUUGGCAUAAAGAAAAUGAAGCCUAAGUGAAGAUGAUUCUCAGUAGAGACUUGUUUUAUUCACAUGAAUUCAGUGUAAAUUAAAGGCAGUAUAUUGUUUGCAUUGUGCACCGGUGUAAUUCCUCAUUGUGAAAUGAGUCGAAGGGAACCAUUAUUAAAUGACCUUUACAGAUCCAUAUAAAUAACCACAUGAACGGAAAAUUAAAACAUUAAAAUGGCAAGGUGUUAUUCUAAAAAAAAACAAAAGACAAUGUAAUAAUACUUUGGUAUUUAAGCUGGAAUAGUGUUUUCUUGAGAUGAAGAGAGUGAUGUUUGUGAGGAUGAGCUGGUUUUGCUGUGAACGCUGAUGAACAUCUGUUUGCUUUUCUGAAACACAUUCAGAGCAUCAGCGUGGUUUGUCUGUGGAUGAUUUUAUGCUGGAUUAUUCACAGAUUUUAUAUAAAAAAAAUUCUUUACCAAAGAUUAAUUUAAAAUAUUUAUAAUGCAUUUUAAGCAAUAACUGAAUAUCAAUAAAUUUAUACUCUUAUGUCAAUUAUGAGAAAACUUCUGUGGAUGUCUGUAGAACAGUUUUAAAACUGAUUCACUGGAAUUAAUUUUAUUUUAUUGCAUAACAUUACUUUGCAAGGCUUCAAUAAGAAAAACAAACUUGGGGGAUACAGAAGAAAAACAAACAAAUAAACAAACAUACUUUAUGCUUUUUAUUGGAGGUAGUAAUGACAAUAGUAAACAUCAAAUCAAAAGUGAACACUAAAGGCCAAAACGUCGUUAUUAGUCUACACAGACGGAAGAAUAGAAGGAGGAUGGUGAAGCCAUGAGAAAGAGAGAAACUUACAUUUCGGUUUCAUUUACUUUAUUAUGAUAAUAACUAUGAACAUGUUUUUAAUGGACUUCUUUUUGUUUUAUUAUUAAAAAAAAAACUUUUAGCGGAAGUCUCGUACUUCCGCCGGAACUCUCCGUUACUGUUUACUAAAAGUUGGUUGCUAAGGACGCGCAGUGACGCGCAGUCUGCGGUGAAACACUGGAGAUGCGCUCGAAUAAACCGCAGGACGCUCGCAAUAAAGCGCUUUCUGCGCGGAUCCUUCCGCCUGCGGUACUCAGCUAUCAGCAGCAUCUGGCAGCAGUGCGGUCUUUACUGCCCCACAGACUGAGCAACGCGUCUGAGUUAUCCAGUGAUCUUCAGAAAGCACUGAAUGUGGACUCGUUGAAACCAAACCCGUCCAAACCCGACGCUCGGCUGCAGCUGCGCGCUCCGGUUCUGUCCUGUGACAGCCAGCUCUCGGCUGCGGGUCGCUGUGUCUUCUCUCUUCCUGUGGCUCUUCCUGUGGGGAUGGUGGUGGAUCUGGGGCCCCAGGUGUAUCGUGUGAAGAGGGCCACACACAGUGCGGGGUCCACGUCCCCUCAGAGCAAAGCAGCGCUCGCUCACACGCGCGGAAGUCUGCGUGACAGUUCUGUCCCGUGUUUCCCGUCUGCCUUCAGCUUCAGAGAUGACAUCACUUCCUGCCCAGAGAGACUGGAUCUGGACCGGCGUGGGCUGACGGAUGUCCCUCAUCUGGACUCGGCUGAGAAUCUGCGUCUCCUCAACCUGCAGCACAACCUCGUCUCACACCUGCAGGACCUGCCUCACCUGCAGCGCCUCGUGGUCCUCGAUCUCUAUGACAACCGUGUGAUUGACAUGUGUGGAGUCUCCUCCCUCACCUCGCUGCGUGUGCUGCUGCUCGGGAAGAACAGAAUCCAGAGGAUCUGUGAUGUGGACGGCCUCACUAGACUUGACGUUCUGGACUUACAUAGUAAUCAGAUCUCUCAGAUUGAAAACGUGUCUCGUUUGAGGAAUCUUGGUUUGUUGAAUCUGUCUGGAAACCGCAUCAGUCGAGUGGAGAAUCUGCAGGGUCUGAGCUGUCUGACCGAACUGAACCUGCGGCACAACAGCAUCACGUCUGUGACGGAUGUGGAGAAUCUUCCUCGUCUGCAGCGUCUGUUUCUCAGCGCUAACAGCAUCAGCAGGUUUGAUGCGCUGGCCUGUCUGUGGACCUGUCGCUCUCUGAGUGAGCUGAGCGUUGAUGGGAAUCCUGUCGCGCUGGAGUCAUGCUACAGACAGACUCUCCUCCGCUGCUGCUCGCCUCACCUUCAGCUGCUCGACAUGAAGCGCGUCACAGAGGAGGAGAGACGCACGGCGAGUGUUUCAGCACGAAAGGAGGAAGAGAAGAAGAAAGAGAGUCACAAACAGGCUGCGCACAAGGAAAGACGUCGACUCGCAAUCCAGAAUGCAGCACAGCAGUGGGAGGGGCUUAAAGCCUGCCUUGAGCUUCCUGCCCAGAAUGGCUCAAAGGAAGACAUCAGUCCAGAAUACAGCCCCGCCCACAGCCCCGCCCAGACCAAUGGGAACACGCAGGAGACAUCGCCAGACGAGCCCAGACGCUUGAGUCCGCUCACAGUCUCAGCCGGAGGGAAUGAGAGCAGGUUAAGAUCGGCCAGUCGACCAAACAGCCCCAGAGACGCCAGGCCGCAGGACGCCGGCGGGCCCAAUGUUCAGAGUCUGUCCAUGUCUGACAUUCACCUGGCGGAGCUGGACGGCGAGACACUGCGUCUGUUCGGCCCCGGGGCCCUGGAGACUCUGGAUCGCUGCUGGGGCGUUCAGACGGCCGCGAGCGUCACCGCCGUCGCCUUCAGAUACAUGCACUUCGACUCCAUCAUUCCCAUGUUCCUGCGCAUCCGCCUCAAGUUCCCAAACCUCACGCACCUGAUGUUCAUGGAGACGAGCAUCACUCAUCUCCCUCAGCUGGCGGCUCUGGCUCAGGUGCGGCGUCUGGAGCAGAUCACUGUUGAUCCCGAGGGGAAUCCUGUGGUGAGACUGACGCUCUGGAGAUCCUUCCUCAUCUACAGACUGCAGCACCUCAACCUGCAGAAGAUCAACGGCACCGAGGUCACCAUGAAUGAGGUCAUAGCCUCGGAGAGGAUGUUCGGUGCUUUGGGUCACGUCGCUGCUACAGAAACACCACGCUGCCGCCUGCUGCUGCUGUUGGAGGAGUCCAGGAAGCGGCAGCUGCAGUUCCUGCUGGACGGACGCGGACGCAGAAGCGGUCAGAGUCCAGACGACCUGAAGGAGAACGGCAAACAGCUGGGAGACACUUUGAGCCGAGCUCUCUUCAGCUACCCCAGCAGACUCUCUGACAGCCCCGAGGAGGGCGGCGCUGACGCCUCGGAGCGCUCAGAGAUGGUGCAGCAGUAUCUUCGAGGGCUGAUCCACAGAGCAUCCGCUCACUGCGUGAAGGCAGACGCUCUGCAGAAGCUCUGGCCGUCGCUCUUCAGUGAGAUCGUGAGAGACUGUGUUCUGGAGAUGAGAGACAGACAGGCCUUCAGACAGACACGCCUCCAGCGGCUCCACAGCCAAUCACAGACAUGAACACUGUUAUCGGAGUCGAUCUGCUCGUUCCUGUGGUUCCUCUGAUGUUCCUAACGGUGUUCCUGAGGAAAUACAUGUGUCACAUACAAACCUCAGACAUGACAACCGUUUAACUGACCUGAUGAAGAUUCUUCUCAAACUGCUGCUCUGUCGUGAUGGUAAUUAAGUUGAAAGAGAAAUCAAACUAUUUUAUUUUUAUUUUACUUUAUUUUCAACCUGUCCUCCAACCAAUACGCUCGUGUAGGUCGUUUGUCCAAAUCCCUGAAAUACGACCCAUCAGAGCGUAUACUUAAAUUGCGCCCCUAUCGGCAAAAGGUCGUUUUCAUAUUUAUUUUGUACUCUUUUAUUUGCACUCUGGUUUGCGUUUCGUGUAGCUCAGUUGCUAGAUUAUUGCGUUAUACCUUGACAUGUAAUUAUGCUAUCAUGGGUUCGAUCCCAGGGAACGGACGUGCACGAAAAUGUAUAUGCUCAAUAAAUCAUAAUUUAGGGUUAGGUUUAGGGGUGGGGUUAGGUGUGGUCAUUCGAACGAAUAAGAUAUGUAGGAAAUACUGUGAGAUCGGUGUAAAACACCCACACAUUGCAUUUAAAUAAACGUUCAUUUUGGUUGGUAAUGAACUUAUACGUCAUUUCAUGACGACAGACGCAACGCGAUGCUGUUAUUAUUUUUAACAUUUAACUUAACUUUAAAACGUAAAUAUAGGUCGUAAUAAAUGCUUGCACAAACGACCUAUAUGGUCUUUUUUUUUUGGAGGACAGGCCCUUUAUUUUAAUUUUGAUUUCAUUUUGUUAGGGCCCAAGCUGCAACAAAAGUCAUUUAUAACAUUUUAUUUUUAUUAUUGUAUUAUUUUAGGUUGGAAUAAUCUUCAUGGGUCUUACUUUGUUCAUCAGUUUUAUUUUAUUAUCUUAUUUAUUUUUAUUGUAUUUUAUUAGGACACAUGCUGACUGUCCGUUUUAUUUUAUUUUAUUUUAUUUUAUUUUAUAAUGAUUAUAUUCCUAUUUUAUUCAGUUAACAGCUCUAAACAUUUCAAGAUUUUAAGAUGAAGACGGUUUAUGGUGAGAACAAACCUGCUCUUGAGCUGCAUGAUCCGUGGAGUUUUGACUCAUUUCUAAACACUGCAUUAAAUUGAGUUUGUGUAGAUAAAGUGUUUGCAUCAAGGUGUGUGUGUGUGUGUGUGUGUGUGUGUGUGUGUAGAGUGUGUUUAAGGCCUUUUGUUCAUUCUGCUUUUAUGUCGCUUCCUCAUAUUGAAUGUCAAAAUCAAACCAUAUGAUCCUUCCUGUGCACUGAUUAAUUUUUUGUAUUUUACUGAUUAAUAAAAAGCUAA